CUGAGGUUAGAAAAGCAGGCAUUUCUAGGAAGAGCAACUGAACAGUAUAGGACACUGAGAAUGUAAGACUGUAAUGACUCUGUUGAGAAGUGAGCAUCGCAGCAUUUAAUGAUGACAGGAGUGCUGAGACCCACCAAACAGAAACCCAGUAUGAGGCGUUCUCGGAAUGAACCUUACAGGGUUUUCGAUUACCACCAUGUUCCAAUCUCCGUGACAACUAUCCCGUGUGACUUCACUCCUACUCAACGGCCGUGUUCAUCUUCCUCCGCAUCUUCCACAGCCAUGCGUCGAAGCAAAGACAAACCCACGAGCAGAAACAAGUCCAGGAACAGAGAAACCCAGUUAAGAAUGGAGGAGCUGCUGUGUAUUAAGAAAGAACUUACAGUGAUUAAAUCACAGAUAGAUGAACUACUGGAGAGUCUAGAGCAGAUGAACCCACAAAGCCAAGAGCUGUCAGGAGACUGUGAGGGGUACUCGCCGCUCCAUGGCUCUGUGAGCAGUGUGGACGGGUCGUCCUGCAGCACUCCUCUCCUGAGUACAGACAGAAAGACGCACAGUCCACUGACAGCAGAGAGCAGUGAUGAAGACAGACAGCAUGUUAAUGAUGAAUCAGAUUUGUACUACAUGUAAAGACUGAUAUUCAGAUUUGGGGAACUAUUAGUUAUCGACCAACCAGGCAUGGUUAAUGACCAGUGUGAAUAUUCUCGAAUGACCAAUGAUCAGGAUUACAUCUGAAAAAGCAUGUCUGUUUUUAUGUAAAAAAUGUAGAAACUUUUCUUUGAUGUUACUCAUGAAAUGGUAAAAUAGUUUUUCACUGCAUGUUUUUGUCCCUAUUUCUGAACUAUUAUUAUUAUUAUUAUUAUUUAUUUAUUUAUUUAUUUUUAUUUUUAUUUUUUUGGAAUAUAGUACUGUGACGAUAUUCUGGAAUACUGCAUUCAUUUGAAUGUAUCACUUUGUUGCAUUUCAAUUCUAAAUAAAAAUACUCAAACAA